AUGGCAACCAAGUACCUUGUCAAGGUCCUGGAGGAGCUUGGCCUGGUGUCCCUCUACUCGUCCACCAUCGACACUAAGCUCCUCUGCAUCCAACGAUUCGUCCGUCUCUUUGCGUAUGGCGCCUCGACGCUCAUAUUGGUGGCAUACCUCAGUGCCUUGGGUAUCUCGGAAACAAAGAUUGGUCUCUUCAUGACCCUCACGCUCGUUGGAGAUGUCUGUAUCAGCUUCCUGUUGACCCUGUUUGCGGAUGCCUUGGGGAGGAAAGCUAUUCUUACUCUAGGAGCAGCAUUGAUGGUCAUUGCUGGCACAAUGUUUGCUUUGUUUGGAAACUAUUGGAUCCUGCUCGUUGCCGCCAUUGUUGGCGUCAUUAGUCCAAGUGGCAAUGAAAUAGGACCCUUUCGAGCUAUUGAGGAGUCGACCCUCGCACAACUCACCCCCGCAGCAAAUCGUGGAGACAUAUAUGCUUGGUAUUCCUUGAUUGGCACAGCUGGGUCUGCAUGUGGGAUGAUGAUAUGCGGAUGGUUGCUCAACCAUAUGACAAAAAAUCUGGGUUAUGAUGAGGUCGCAGCAUAUAGGACUGUCUUUUGGGGAUAUGCUGUUGUUGGAAUCAUCAAGUUCUGUCUGGCACUGGCACUCAGCAAAGCAUGCGAAGCAGAGAAGAAACAAGCGCCGCCUGUAGCAGAUCCAGAAACGGCACCUCUACUUGGAGACGGUGCUGAGGAUGAGGAACCUAAGAAGAAGCAAUCGAGGUUGCUAGCUCUUUUGCCGGAAAUCAGCAAGGAGAGUAGGAUUAUUGUGGUCAAUCUUUGCAUUCUGUUCGCGCUAGAUGCCUUUGCAUCUGGUCUUGCGCCUCUCUCCUGGGUGAUCUGGUUCUUCAAGAAGAAGUUCGACCUCAAAGACGGAAUGCUUGGUUCCCUUUUUUUCACUACUAGCAUCAUUGCCGCAGCUUCAAUGCUUGUAGCUUCGUCAAUUGCAAAACGAUUCGGCAAUAUCAAGGUACGUACCGCGUCCCGCUGUACCAUGGUGUUUACUCACCUCCCGUCCGCCAUCUUCCUCGCGCUCAUCCCCAUUCCAAACUCUUUGCCCUUCGCGACUCUCUUCAUCGUCCUCCGCUCUUGCACACAAUCCAUGGACGUCGCCCCUCGCUCCGCUUUCCUCGCGGCAGUUGUCCUCCCACACGAACGAACCGCAAUAAUGGGCGCCAUCAACGUCGUCAAGACCUCUGCUCAGAGUCUCGGACCAACUAUAACUGGUAUACUAGCCAAUCACAACUUGUUUUGGGUAGCGUUCGUGACGGCCGGAUCGUUGAAGGCAACGUAUGACUUGGGUAUGCUGGCUGUGUUCGCAGGGCAUAAGACAAGAGAGGAGAGGGACGAAGAACAGAGACAAGUUGAAGAGGAUGAGUUGUUGAGAGAGAGCGAGGAUCCUAAUGAGCGGUAG